CUGGAAUGUUGCCGGAGCUCCUCCUCCUCCUCCUCCUCCUCGUGGGCCCCGUCUCGGUGCUGCGCUCUCCAUACCGGCCGCCAUGGCGGAGACGGAGCCCGGCUGCAGCAGCCCCAGCUCGUCUCUGUCGCCGUUCGGGGACCGGAGCCGCCUAGAGGCGGCGAUCGUGAGCGGCUGGAGGAGCUUCUGGCAGUCGGUGGGCAAGGAGAGGCCGGGGCACGGUGCCGCGCCGGCGGAUGAUGAGGAGGCCAGCGCUCUGACGAGGCUGCCGAUUUAUGUGCAGUUGUACAUUAUGUCAUUUCUUUCACCUCAUGAUCUAUUUGAAUUGGGAAGGACAUGUCGAUAUUGGAAUGUAACUGUACGAGAUCCUAUGCUGUGGAAAUUUUUCCUUUUGCGAGAUCUUCCUUCCUGGUCAUCUGUUGACUGGAAGUCUCUACCAGACCUACAAGUCUUAAAAACACCCUUAUCUGAGGUUAUUGACAAUGAACUUUAUGACUAUAUGACAAUGUAUAAAAUGAGCUGUCCACAUACCAGAAGACACAUGAAAUCCAGCCGCCAUAUGUAUGGAGCUGUUGCCUCUUUUUUGCAGUCACUGAUUCUUCAGACAGAACCUCGAUUUGCUAUGUUUGGACCAGGUUUAGAAGAGCUGAAUGUAUCUUUGGUGUUGAGUUUGAUGUCUUGCACAGAACUUUCUCCUACAGCUGGUUUACCUCAGAGACAGAUUGAUGGCAUUGGAUCAGGAAUCAGCUUUCAGUUGAACAACCAACAUAAAUUUAACAUCCUGGUAUUAUAUUCAACAACUAGGAAGGAAAGAGAUAGAGCAAGAGAAGAGCAAACAAGUACAGUGAACAAAAUGUUCAACAGAACAGGAAAUGAUGAACAGAGGGUCGCAUACAGUGUGAUUCCACAAAUUCAGAAGGUGUGUGAAGUGGUGGAUGGGUUCAUCUAUGUUGCAAAUGGUGAAGCUCACAAAAGACAUGAAUGGCAAGAUGAAUUUUCUCAAAUUAUGGCAAUGACAGACCCAGCCUUUGGAUCCCCAGAAAGACCUUUGCUGGUUUUAUCUUGUAUUUCCCAAGCUAAUGUAAAAAGGAUGCCCUGUUUUUAUUUGGCACAUGAGCUGAAACUAAAUGAACUUCAAUUACCAUGGAUGGUGCAGGAUAUGGAAGCUGAGACUUUAACAGGAUUUUUGAAUGGCAUUGAGUGGAUCCUUGGAGAAGUUGACUAUAAACAUCCACGGUGAUCCUUCUUGUGCAUUGUCUAAAGGACUAAACCAUUUGAAACAUGAUGUAGGUGUUUCCUCAAUCUUGUUUUGCCCUUAUUUUGGUUUACUACCAAGUAAGGUUUAAAUGGGAAUACCUGUAACUGCUGAGUUUUCCACAAUAAAUCUAGCUUUAAUCUUAAGUGAAUUUUAAAGGAAAUGUUUGUGUGAUGGCACCUAAUCUCUUGCCAAUGAAUCUUUUUGACAAUUUUUAUUUUAAUUUAUUUUACAGUCCAUAAAUUCAGAAAUAUUAGUACAUUUGUAAGGGUCAUUGUUCUCAACUUUUCACUUCUAUCUUCUAUUCUAUUAAUUCAGAGAUUGUAAUUUUAGGACGUAUCUAGUUUUCCAAACUUUCCAGAGACUUUCAUGAAGAUCCAUAGAGCAUUAUCAGGGAAGAGAUGCCCAAUAUUAAUAUGCUAUUGGAAAUAAUUGGUUGGUAUGCAGCUCUUAUGCUGUACUAAAUUCCAUGUGCUUGUUAAACAUUAAUGGAAACAACUUUUUGGGGCAGAUUUUUCUGAUUUUUUAUAAAGUUGGGAAAGCUCAUGAUGUAUUAAACUCACAUUUUAUAUAUAAAUGUGGAAAAUAUAUUCUGGGGUUACAGCUGUAUCAUCAGACUUUUUUUUCGUAUGCUGUUAAUAGCAGUGGAAAUUUAAUACUGUAAUUGAAAACUAAGAAAUGUAAAGAUUUUAAUAAAAGUAUAAAUAUAUACAUUUAUUUA